UAAUUACUACUACUUCACGAAGAUGGCAAAGGAUCAACUAAUCACAAUCAACGAUGCGGUUCACAAGCUCCAGCUCGCCAUGCUCGACCGCAUCACUGACCAGAAGCAUCUCUUCGCGGCGGGAACCUUGAUAUAUCGAUCAGACUACGAGGACGUCAUCACGGAACGAACCAUCGCUAAGCUCUGCGGCUACCCUCUCCGCCGAUCAUCCCCCCUUUCCAACGUUUCUAGAAAGGGGAAGUAUCAGAUAUCGAUCAGCGAGCACAUAGUUUACGAUUUAAAGGGGAUUCCAAGGCUACUGACGAAUGUAAUGUUUUAAAGCGUCCACCACAGAGAAAACAAACUUCUCCUAUUGGGGAAUCUGAGAGAGGUGAAGGGGGAAAAGUUUCGAAAGAACAAACUACAGUUUCUCCUGCACUGAAAAAAUCGAGUAAGCACUAAGGGAGGUGUUAAAGAGUAGUAGGCCGCCUUACGACCUAGAUAUCGCUGAGAAUUUGUAGCUGCUUAUGUGACUUAUUCUUUCUUGAAGGUAGGAAUAUGGUUUCAUUUAUUCCUUAGGGAGCCUUGAGAUCUUGUGGUGGUUACUUAUUAAGCCAUUUUCUGCUGAUAUGUGUGGCAAUAUAGGCGUUAUUGUCCAUGCACUCUGUUUAUCUGGAUGGUUUUGAAGCCUACUAUGAAUGUGCAGGGUUUCGUCGUCGAUUAGAGUUUGAUGAGCAAAGUUCUUUAACUGAAUCCUCUACUGUGUCUAAGAAGUAGGGUUUGAAGAUUCCAACACAAGCCAAGCAAGCUUCUCAUGUAGGGGAAUCAGGCAAAGGGCAAACAUUUGUGACAGAUUUCGAACAAACUGCAAUUCUUCCAAGUUAUUGCAAGGAUCGCGAAAUGGAGAAGGACAUUAAGAAUUGUAUGCUUGAUGAGAUGGGUUUGGAGUGUUCUGCUAUAAUGAGCGAUGGAUACAGUGUAGAAUAUAGUGUUGCUAAGCAGCCACCGUGUUCAAUGAAAGAUCCUGUAAGUUUCCACGUAGAAGGUCUUCAGAUGUUAGACAGGAAAAAGGCUUUACUAGGAUCAUCCUCUGGUCCUAACACGAAAGGGUUGAGGAAAAAACCAGAAAAAUUGGGAAAGAAGAUUAUUUCUGUUCAAUUCCAUGCUGAUUCUUGUGAAGAUGGUGGCAAAAUCCUUACAGCUGAAUCUUACGAGGGACUUAAAGCUCAUCAGGACACGUGUUCAUCUAGUAAAACCGUCACUAAAUCAUGCCUUAAAUUUUCUGGCCCUAAGAAGCUUAGUCGUUCAGUUACCUGGGCCGAUAAUGGCCAUGGUGAUCUUUGUGAGGUUAGAAGCAAUGAUAGCGAAUCAGGUCUUUACAUGGCUUCUACUCGUACAGAGGAUGUGAAAAGUGUAUCACACCUCGCACUAGCAGAGGCCUGUGCUACGACAUUGAGUCAUGCUGCUGAAACUGUUUCUUCAGGAGAUUUAGAUGCCGUUGCGAAAGGAGGAAUCGUUUUGUUACCAAGUACCCAUCAACUGGAUGAAGAGGUUUCCGAGGAGCAAAUCGAGGAGGAUAUGACUGAAGAGGAAGCAACUCUUCUGGAGUGUCCAAAUAAGCCUGGGAUGCCUGAUUUUGAUAUUUUUGACCCUGAUCAAUCUUGGUUUGAUGGACCUCCCAUAGGCCUCUCUCUAACGUUAUCAACUUUUGGUAUGUUGUGGGAUUCACUGUUUGGCUGGGUAUCAUCCUCCUCUCUAGCAUACAUAUAUGGGAAGGAUGAAUCUGCUUAUGAGGAGUUCUUAUUUGUUAACGGUAACGAGUACCCACGGAGGAUUAUGCUGGUAGACAGGCUAUCCUCAGAGAUCAAGGAGACAAUUUCUGGGUGUCUUGCAAGAGCAGGGUGUCUUGCAAGAGCUUUACCUAGAAUCUCUACUGAUCUCAGGCUGCCAAUAGCGAUAUAUGAGUUGGGAAAAGGAUUGGGAAGCUUGGUGGAGACGAUGUCGUUGACAUGGGCUGUACCUUCGUUUAGGGUUGAGCAAUGGCAAGUGAUAGUUUUUGUGUUACUGGAUGCGUUGUCUGUAUGCCGCAUUCCUCGGAUUGCACCUUAUAUAUUUAACAAAAACAAGGUUUUAGAAGGACGUGGAAUAGGAAAUGAAGAUUAUGAGACGAUGAAGGAUAUUCUGUUACCACUUGGUCGUGUUCCACGGUUUGACACCCGAUGCGGAGGAUAGACAAAGACCAGAAGAAAAGUUUUUUCUUUUUUUUUGGUUUAUUUGACUGAUGGAUGUUCAAAAUAGGAUGUUAACUAACUUGGAACAAAGAUUUAAAGAUGAUUUGAUAACGUAGUGAGUCAGAGACGCUGUGUUGUUACUUGUGUGUUAUAAAUGAAAACACUUUUGAAGUCGUAA